AUGGGCAGCUCUGAGCUGUCCGAGGCUAUCAGGGCGAUGAUCUAUGGUAUGGCAUCGCGAAAGCCCCAGUACCUCGCUGACGUCCCUCCUAGCGAUGACCCUCCUUCACCGGAGUCCAAUCUCUUCCUCUUGGCCGAUUGGAAGGCCAUUGGAACGACGUUCACGCUUGUCGACCUCAUCGAGGACAUCACGGCUGACCCUCGGGAGACUUUGCUGUUGAGUUCGCUCCGGGAUGAGUUCAUUGUUGCCCAGCGACUCUCGUGGGCUGCGAACAGAGAAACCACGCGCACUGAGAACUGGGCGUACUCGCUUCUCGGAAUCUUUGACAUCAAUAUGCCUAUAUUCUACGGUGAGCGCGAGCGGGCCUUCCGCCGGUUGCAGGAUACUCUCUAG